CACAAGACCAUACCGCUAAUACGGUGUGGAACUGGUCCUGGUAAGGGAAAAUUUUGAGAGAAUUCAAAGACGCAGCUGGAUAGGGGUGUGGAGCAAGACUCGUGGAGUUGACUGGGAGUUUGAUAUCUAAUUCUCAGGACCUACAAAUAGGAGUGUGUAGGGGCUUUUCAUCAUACCUGUUUGGAAAGCCAGAGAGAGAAGGAAAAGAUGGAACAAAAAGAGUGCCAGAAGCCAUUCAGGAUGGAGCUCAAGGCAAUGUGCUUCUAUGCUUUUCUAGUGCUGUUUGUGGGUGUGAUUGUAGGCUUAUGCUUGUGUGGGUUUUCAGGAGCUUUGGAGGGAGAAAUGAGAGACACAUUCAUACAACUACAUGGGAACAUGGCAAGAAACAUCCGCAAUGGCUUCAUCACCUUCACGACUAAAUCUCUCCAUUUCUUAAUUUCCAAGUUUCUGCAGUUCAGAUUCUCGGCGCCACUGCAUUCUGCGCCAUGUACCACCUCUAGGCUGCUAUUUUGGGUGGGAUUUACUCGAUCAAUCGGUUCUAUGGACUCCCCAAUUUCCUAGUCCAUACAAUGCAAGAAAAUCUUCAUAGCCCCAGGCCUCUCACCAUGUCUUAACCUAUUCUGGGUAGCAUUUACCCAAUCACCAUGUCUUAUGCUGCAGCAAUUUUUAGCAACAGAAGAGUCAAUUCCCAGUAUUCAUAUUCAGUCACUGUAGACAAAAUAAAUAAAUAAAUAAAUAAAUUUUACUUGGGCAUU